GCGGCUGUCCCGGCCCUGCGCUCGUCCCGGUGCCGCCGCUUCGCUGUGCCCGCGGCCCGGCCCGCCCGGCGCUGAGCGGGGCUGUGGGCGCCGGAAGCUGUUCCAAUGGCCUCAGAAGCACAAAGUGAGGAUGCAGAACAUGCAGCUGAGCCUCCUGCAGCUCCUGUGCAGGGGAACAGGACAUUCCAGUGGGGAACCUUCCUUGCUGCAGUGAAAGACCAGCUCCCAUCCCUGGACUCCGACUCCUCCACAUCUGAUUGUGAGAGUGAUGAGGAGCUUUUCAUCUACCAGCGGGACCUGCCCAACUUAAUUCCGGACCUGUCGGAAGAGCUGAUGAUGUUUUCCCUGGAAGACUCCCAGGAGCAGCAAAUCCAGGAGACAGAAAGACUUCCAUGGGAGAUCUGGAACAGAGACCUGGAAAGUUUUGACUUUCAGGAAAGAACAGAUGGUGCCCAAAUCAUGGCAAAAGAAGAUGUACAAAUGAUUAAAGAUGGGGCUCCUGAACCUGCCAGCCAGACUGAAGAAAUGCCAAGCCAAAAGAGAGCUGUUCUUGAAGAGUCUCCCUCAGAUUCCACAGAUCACCUUGAGGAGAAAGAAAUGGGCAGGACACAGGCCAAGGAAAAAGUGAACUCCUGGCUUAACACAGCAGUGUCUGUGGGAGAGCUGUACAGUAAAGAGGAGAGAAAAAAGCUGAUAGAGACAAAGAUACUCACCAAGGUCCUCGUGGAGCCAUCCCCAAAGCAGGAUGUCAAGCCUCCCUCCCAUGGCAUCAACAACAGUCUAGGAAGAUUUGCAAAGGACGCAACCUCCUCAGCUGAGUAUCUUGGAGAAGUGACCCCUUUGUCAUUGCAGAAUAUUGAGAAAUGGGAUGUAGACAAGAAUCUUGAGGAGCUGGAGCAGCAGGGAGAUAAAACUCGUGCUUUCUUCCCAGCAGAUUAUGAGACCUUCAGGAGGAAGUAUGAAGAUGAGCUCAUGGAAAAGCUGGGAGAGCUGUGUGCCAGGCAGUCCAGGGCAGUGUCCCCUCCCUGUGGGAGGCCAUCAGCCAGGCUCUGCUCCUUCCAGGGACAGCAGGACAAUAAGGAUGUUGCUUUGCUGUCAUCCCCACCAAGUUCUCUGAGGAUGGGCAGGAUGAGUUUCCAGGGCCUGCCAAAACCUGCAACUGUUUACAUAGAUUUGAGAGAUGCUGAGCCACAAAAGUCAGUGACAGUCCCUGAAGUGGAACAAAGUGUAAGUGACAGCUCUUCCUCCUCUGAAGAAGAAACUGUGGCAAUUAAGGAUGAAGCAGAAAGGAGAAUGAGGAAUUGCUCAGGGAAGAGCCUGUUACUGCAACAACUCCGAGCAGCCCGUAAGGAGGCCUUGGAGCUUCUUCAUAAAACGUCUGUUCCAGCUGAGAAACUGUGCCCAGAAAGGCUGGAAGACAGAGAUUCCUCUAAUAAAAGUCAAAACCAAUCUUGUAAAGUGAGGCAAGAGACAAAUGAGGUGGUUCCCAGGAAACUGAUGAGAUUGGAACCAGGCAAGGAAAGCCCCCCCUUUUCAAGCUGUGGGGGCAAUGGAGCUGACACAGAGAAAGAGAACAAAAUGGAAGCUGAGGAAAUUCAAAAUGCAGGAAAUGCUCCAGAGUGUCCUCUAAUUACAGCAGAACUGCCAAGGAGAGAAGGACGUGAAAGAGAGUUAUCCCAAAAGGAAGAGGAGAUGAAGGAGAGGCAGAGGAGAUGCAGAUUGCAGGAGCAGCUGGAGCAGUGGCAGCCUCAGCGCUCGGUGUGUGGGAAGCAGCCCAUGGCAGAGAACACCCCGCUCCUGUUCCACAGGGAAGCCUCUUUUUUGCCAGCUAUUGACACGUUGCCUGGAUCUUACAGUGUGAAAAAGGAGGUGUUGCUGAUGACCAUUUGGCUGGCAAGUUGUGGCCAAGUGGCCAUGGAUCAGUGUGAGGAGCAGGUGCCUGACAAGGUGCUGGGAGCAGCCAACAUCUACCUGGCCCUCGUGACCUGGCUGCUGUCCCUGGUGCCUCCUGUGAAGAGGAAGGAUGGCCCCAAAGCUCCAUUUGAGGUGGUGGGGCUGCAGCAGGCCUGGAGAGAGGAAGGCUUGGCCCUCUACGCCUGCCUGGUGGCACCAGAGGAACCUUCAGCCCAGAGCUGCCCACAGGCCCAGGAGUCAGGAACUGCAGAACAUCUCCAGGGAACAUCCAGCUUUUACCAGAAGAUUUCUGCUUUUCUGACCUCUACACGACUUCCAGAUCUUAUCUGGUGGAGAGAUGAACUGGCCAGUCACUUCCAAAGCCAGCUGUGCCCACUUUGUCCUGCAAUUCCCUCUGUCCUGCUCAGUAACAUCACUGCUGUUAAUCCUGACCCUCAGGCUGUGGAGAAGGCAUUUGCAGUGCCAAAGGGAUUUUACUGGCAGACAGUUGAGAGUGAUGACAAACACUUCCCUGACAGCAGUGCCAUGGAAGCUUGCAGAGACACAGACACUGAGGUUGCCAUGGUGCUGCUGUUUGAGGCUCUCUUCCGAAGCCCCCUGGAGACCCAUCACACUCUGCAGCUGCUGCUGGGCUCUGGGCUGGAUGUCUGCGGCCUCCGCCUGCUCUACCCCGGCCAGGACCUGCUGCUCUCCAGCUCAGAAAAGCUGCCUUCCUCCUACACUUCAGAGCCUGGCAAGGUGUCCCCAGUGCUGGCAUUAGGUGUGAGAGGACCCAAAGCCCACGGCAUCCUGCAGGACAUCACCCGAGGCUCUGGCAGGGACCGGAGCCAGGCGGAGCCUGUCGUGUCCCUGCCCCUGCCCAGCCGGGUGCACAGGGAGCUGUGCCUCUGGUUUGGAGGGAGAGCUGCUGGAAUCCUGUCCCCACCUUCCAGGUGA